CAAGCCUGGCUACUUUGACAGUGAAAGUCAAUUGGCUUCAUUGGCUCAAAAGGAGAAAUGCAAUCUCAAUGACAGCGCCAUGGCAGGCGAAUCUCGUCACUUCAGCACCUCCUUGCUGAAUCGCUACGCUUCCGCAACACUGGAUGAGGCGGCCCAGAGAGCAUUCACAAAGCAUGCAUGUGCUCUCAUCGACAGGAUCAUCUCUGAAACAUGGAUUGAACCCCGAGGGGCCGCGGGACGUGUAAGAGACCCUUAUGUGUACACUGGCAGCGGAGGAACAGCCUUUCUGCUGCUCAAAUUGACGCUUGCAGCCACGCAUCCAAAUAAUCUAGAGACAUGUAUGGAGAUCGUUGAGGAGUGCGCCAAAGUGGCGGGGAUGAUGAGAGAGCACCCGUCGUUCCUGCUGGGGCAGCCAGGGGUGUAUGCGCUCGGUGCAGUGGCGGCAUUCCAUGCGGGCAAGCGAGACGCUCAGAAUGUCUACCUCAGGAUGUUCCUGCAGGCUGGACACAUGCCCAACCUUGCGACGCCGUCCCUACAAUGCAACUCCGAUCCCCCCAACGAGCUGCUGUACGGCAGGGCGGGCUUCCUGUGGUCUGCCCUGUUUCUUAACACUCACUUAGGGCAAGGAAUCAUUCCAGAGAGUGUGACUCAACCAAUAGUGUCAACCAUCCUGGCGGACGGGAGGGCAUGCGCGAGGGGCUCCCAAUGGCCCCUGAUGUAUGAAUGGCAUGGGAAGCGCUACCUGGGGGCGGCACACGGCGUGGCUGGGGUUAUGCAUAUUCUACUGCACUUCCCCCUGUCCGAUACGGACCUCUCUGACUGGUGCCACGGGGCGGCGGGGGUGGCGCUCACGCUGUGCACUGCCGCGCGGCGGUUUCGAAACGACGAAGACGGCAAGGUGUUCUUGCAGGCCGCAACAGAGGCCGGAGAGGUCGUCUGGCAGCGCGGCCUCCUCCGCAAGGUCGGCCUGUGCCACGGCGUCGCCGGAAACGCGUACGUCUUCCUCGCGCUCUACAAGCUGACGGGCGACGCGAAGCACCUCCAGCGCGCGCACGCAUUCGGACGCUUCCGGUCUGAGGAAGCGGACGCCCUGAUCGAGGCGGGCGAAAUGCACGGGGGCGACCGUCAGUGGUCAUUGUUCGAGGGUCUGGCGGGGACUCCGUGUCUGUACCUAGAUCUGACGAACCCCCAAAACGCAAAGUUUCCGGGCUACGACUCGGUGUGAGAUAGGAGUUCGAGUGUGUAUCUUUGUUGCAACGGUGGCAAAGGUACAGAUGAGCACGUUCUUUGAAGAGUAGGCUGUUCAUGGUUGUGUAGCGCGGCAAGGUAAUUAUAUAAAUGAGAGGCUGAAAGUGCCAAAAGCGUUGGCUAACACGAUCCAGUACCAUGAGCAGCUAUAGUAGCUGCGCUUAAUUUUCGGAACGAGUGCAAGAAGAAUGACCACCGUACUUGGCGCCCCCCGAAUUGUUCGCUACAAUUCAGAAGCCUUUGCUUCCUCGUGCGCACUUGGCAGAG